AUGGCAUCGUCUGUCGCGGCUGGAUUGAAGCAUCUAUCAAAUGCUCUCGCAACACCGGAUCAGUUAUCCAAUUCCUCCUCGUCCAUCGAUGGCGUCGCUCCCGACCUUGAAGCUUCGAUCCGCUUCGCCGGUGCCGAACUCACCCAAGCAGCUGGAAUCUUACUGCGAUUGUCGCAGGAUAUCAUCGCCAAGGCUAUUGUGACUUUUACGCGUUUUUGGCUUGGUUCGGAGGGUGGAAGUCUCCGGAUUUACUCGGUCAAGGAUGUGUCGGCCGCAGCUCUAUAUAUGACCGCCAAACUCUCCUUCCAACCCACCUCACCUCGCUCGGUUCUAAACGUAUACACAUUUUUGCUGUCAAAGGAUGCGUCGCCUUUGUGGUUCGUGAACCCCAACGGAUCUGGGGAGAAGCCGUCCCCGGAGACAUACUACCUCUCUGAGGGAGGCUACCAAACCCAGCGAACGGUUUUGCUACGCAUCGAAUCGGUCAUCCUACGUUCUAUGGGUUUUAAUACACACGUUGCGCUACCUCACGCCAUCGCCCUGACCUACCUUCAAACCCUUGGCACAUCCUCAUCCGCCGUCGCGCGACGAGUCUUUGAGCAUCUUAACGCAGCUCUUCUCUCGCCCCAAUUGCUGUAUGUUACUCACCAGCCAAACGCUUUGGCGGUAUCUGCAAUCUACUUGGCAUCACGGGAGGAAGGCGUGAAACUUGUGGAUGGAGAUUGGUGGGAGGUCUUUGAUGUGGACCGGGAAGAGCUUGGGUUUUUGGUGGUAGCCAUGAAAAGUAUGGAAGGAUUUGCGCGCGCAGAGAUGGAGAAGUGGAAAAUGCGAACCGUUCCCAUGAGCGUGGAUGAAGUGGAGGCCGAAAUCGAAAGGAGGAGAAUGAUGGAAGAGGGCGAGUGA